UUGCGUUGCUGGCAGAGGGCGAAGGUGGUGUCGCCAGUGGAGGGAUGAGAAGAAUGAACAAAGUGGGGAGGAGAGAGGGUGAAAGGAGAAAAUAAGGAGAGGUGUUGUGAGGGAGAGGAGAUGAUGAGAGUUUUGUGUUAAAAUAUGGUAAUUCAUUUUUUAUAUUUUAUGGAAUUACCAUGUUUGAAACUUUUUUUUUAAUAAAUCACCAUAUUUUGUGGCUUUUUUUUAUCCAUAAAUAUAGAAACUACUUUUUUUUAUAUUUAUGUAAACUUCUCAAAGAGAAAUUAAAAGAAUUAUCCCACUACUUACCCAAAAUUUGAUAGGAGCCAUUCAAUAAGUGAUUUUCUUAAGGACUAUCGUUUUCUAUAUUUAAUACUUUUUGUUUUUAAAUACUUCCAUAAAAAAUAUUUAUUGUUAUACUUAAAUUAAAUUAUAAUCAAACUGUUAAAUUAAUUUAUCUAUAUCAACAGUUCGAACCCCCUCACUUUUCCUGAUUUUAUAUUUUAUUUUAUUUUUUCAUUUUUCUUUUCCGUCGUUUUCAGGAAAGCUUGUCGUUUUUCUGUAACUGAAGUUUGGUUGCCCAUGACAUGCGGCCUUUGUGUAUGAAAUGAUCGAUAUGACUCCCAAGCCCUUGUGUUGGAGAGAAAACGUUUGUAGUGGAUGAAGAAGUUAAGUACAGCGAAUGUCACUGUAUACUGCCAUGACUAGGAGAUGUCUCCUACUUUUGGAGAGAUGCAAGAACAUGCAAGACCUGAAGCAAGCCCAUGCAUCAAUCGUCACCACCGGUCUUGGCAGUAAUAGCUUUGCUCUGAGCAGAGUCUUGGAGUUUUGCUCAAACCCACAUCAUGGUAACCCUUUUCAUGCUUGGAAAAUUUUCCAACACAUUCACAAGCCCACCAUUUGCAUUUGGAAUACCAUCUUGAAAGCUUUCUUACUCCACAAUGAACUCAUUCAAACUAUACUUGUAUAUAGAAACUUGUUACAGAGUGGGAUAGCCCCAGACAAUUAUACUCUUCCGUAUGUGUUAAAGGCUUGUUCUAGGCUAAAAAGUGUUCGUCUUGGGGAUUCGGUUCAUGGGUAUGGCAUGAAAUUGGGUCUAGUGUUUGAUAUAUUUGUGGGCAACUCUUUAAUUGUCAUGUACAGUGAGUUUCGUAACAUGGAAGGUGCACGGUACGUGUUUGAUGAAAUGCCUAAUCUUAGUGUGGUUUCAUGGACGGUCAUGAUUUCAGGGUAUGCAAAAGUAGGGGAAGUUGACAAUGCGAGACUGUUCUUUGAUGUGGCGCCGGUGAGAGAUAGAGGGAUAUGGGGAGCAAUGAUUUCAGGGUAUGUUCAGAACGCUUGUUUUAAGGAAGGUCUUUACUUGUUUCGUGUACUGCAGCUCAGGGAUAUAGAGCCUGAUGAGGCCAUCUUUGUCAGUAUUCUUUGUGGUUGUGCUCAUUUGGGAGCUCUCGAUGUUGGGAUUUGGAUUCACAGGUAUUUGGAUCGUCUUGGAUUGCCCUUGAGCAUUCGAUUGGGUACCAGUCUUAUAGACAUGUAUGCUAAGUGUGGGAAUUUGGAUUUAGCUAAGAGGAUUUUUUAUGAGAUGCCACAGAAAGACACCGUUUGCUGGAAUGCUAUGAUUUCGGCCAUGGCAAUCAAUGGAGAUGGAGAAACUGCACUCGAACUAUUUCGAGAUAUGGAAAAGACAGGUGUGCCACCAGACGACAUCACCUUCAUCGCCAUUUUUACUGCCUGUAGUUAUUCAGGUAUGACAUAUAUAGGCCUGCUGAUGUUUGAAAAAAUGCUUGGAGUGUACAGAAUUGAACCCAAAACUGAGCACUACGGAUGUAUAGUAGAUCUUCUUAGUCGAGCAGGGUUUUUUGAAGAAGCAAAACAAAUAGUUCAAAGAGUGAUAAUUUCAAGUAACCCCUCUGAAGAGGAAGUAGCUUGGAGGGCGUUUCUUAGUGCUUGCUGUACUCACGGGCAGGCUCAACUAGCUGAGCUUGCCUUUGGGAAGCUCUCGGAGUUGGAGUGCGGAAGUGGGCUUUAUGUUCUACUCUCAAAUUUAUACGCUUCUGCUGGAAAAGAUGCUGAUGCUGGAAGAGUGAGGAAGCUGAUGAAACAUAGAGGAGUUGAAAAGGUACCGGGAUGUAGCUUGAUCGAGAUCAAUGGUGGAGUUCAUGAGUUUAUUGCAGGAGAAAAGAUACACCCGCAGAUGGAAGACAUUCACUCGGUUUUGGAGAAGUUAAACAAGCACUUAAUUAUUCAGGGUACAUCACAUACUCAACUCUAAGGACAUCAUACAUACCAUUGUACAAACAGGUGUGGUCCACACUCGUUUUGAAUCGAGGAGUAUUUU